AUGACAUAUGAAGAGAUUCUGGCUUUGUAUGUUGACUAUGUCAAGAAGAAGUACAACAUGGCAGUAAUUGUCUUUGAUGGCUAUGGGGAAGGGAUGACAACAAAGACACUGCCCAUCAAAAAGACGUACAAAGGGCAAUCUUCACAUGAUGAUGUAGCAAAGGCAGGAGAAGAAGCUCUUGUGUGCCUAUAUGGAGGAAACCUUGGUGUAACCCUAGACCAACUCAGGUACAGGAAGUUUUGUGAAAAGGUGUCAACCAGCUUUUCUUGUGUCCUGCCCCAGUCAUUACCCCCAACUGAAAAUGCUGCUCAGUUCCACAGUUACAGAGUGUUCUACCAGGUUCAAGAAUGGGCAGACAGAUCAGCUGACAUGAACCCUGCAGACUGGGAGGUAGAUUCUUUCGGGCCGUCGACUCGAGCUUCACACACCACCUUAUUUAAGAGUAAUGCCAGAGCUCGAGCUCUUGGCGAGCAGUAUCUGAGUCGCAUAUCUGCAGCAAGGGCGAAAGUGCGGAGACCACAGCCAGGUGCGACCCGGCAAACAUUCCCGGAAGCUGUGAGGCAGGUGUUGAUGACAUUGCCAAGUGGUGGAUGUGCAACCUUCGUGGGCGUCUGUAACAUCACAAACAUCUACCGCUCAUCCGACGGCAGCUGCAACAACCUCGCCAACCCAACAUGGGGGAUGUCUGACACACCACGGAGACGCUAUCUGACUCCUCAAUAUGAUGACGUGCCCGACUGGUCAGCACCAUUGUCCACCCCUGACGACAAGACCCCGAAGCUGAAGUUCAUCUCAAAUAUGCUGGUGCAGUGGGGGCAAUUCCUGGUGUUCGACAUUACAAGCACCCCAGUCAGAUCAGGCGCUGAAGACCGUCCCCUGACAUGCUGUUCGGAAGAUGUCCCAUUUAUGCUGAAAGGCAUCCUUGACCCUUCUCUCAGAGACGGUUGUUUCCCGAUCAGCAUCCCCCGGGGGGACAGGUUCUUCAGUAGGAGAUGCAUGAACUUCCCCCGAUCGAUCCAGAUAGACAAUACGAAGUGCACAGGAGUGCCAGCCGAGCAGAUUAACCAACAGACGGCGUAUAUAGACGCCUCCCAGGUCUAUGGACCCACCGCUGAAGAGACUGCACAGCUCCGGACCAUGGUUGAUGGUUUAGUGCAAGCGGCGACAACGGACAACCAAGCAGGAAUGCAGCAAAUAAGUCUCCAGCACGUUUACAGCUCUCUAAUGUUUACAAGAAGAUCAACCCACAUCAACCCACAUUGGUCUGACGAAACGCUGUUUCAGGAGACCAGGAGAAUCGUAAUCGCCAUCUCCCAGAAAAUUACAUAUAACCAUUACCUUCCUCUACUUCUAAACAAGUACGCCCUCGACAAGUAUCGGCUGACGUCACCCAAAUCUGGAUACUAUGACGUUUAUAGCAGUUCCACUGACGCCGGCAUCGUCAACGCAUUUUCUACCGCAGCAAUGAGAUUUGGGCACUCUUCGCUGAGAUCGGUGUUCAGCAGACUGAGGCCUGACUUCUCCUUGAAGGCGCAGGAUCGUUUGUUCCAGAUGUUAACAAACACAGCGCCAAUAUCGUCCAGGACCGGGUUGGCGGUAAAUGAAUACUUGAGGGGUAAUUUGGUGGACAGAAGUAGCCAGGUUGACCGCUUCAUAUCCAGGGAUCUGACAGACAAGCUGUUUAUAUUGAACGGUAGCAGUCUAGAUCUGGCUGCUGUGAACAUCCAGCGGGGCCGGGACCAUGGCCUGCCGGGAUACACGGCCUACAGAGAACUGUGUGGGCUAUCAGGGGUGUUCAGCUUCCGACCUGCUGUGGGCGGACUCAUCGACCAUGAUCCUCACACUGCAAGACUCCUCCAAUCUGUCUACAGGCAUCCAAAUGACAUUGAUCUGUUUACUGGAGGAGUCUCAGAGAAACCAAUCCCAGGAAGUUUGGUCGGACCUGUGUUUACUUGUUUAUUGGGUAGUCAAUUCUCGGCCUUGAAGAGAGGAGAUCGCUUCUGGUACGAGCUCAGUGAAGCUGUCACGAGGUUUACGCCUGCUCAACUGGCGGAGAUUAGGAAGGUCACUCUGUCUCGUGUCCUGUGUGACAACACCAAUACCUUGCAUGUCCAGAGAGAUGCAUUCAGAGUCCAGUCCAAAGCCGUCCCUCGCCUUGACCUGACCAUGUGGACAGAACAACAGCCACGCUGGUCUAACUGGUCGGCCGAGUCACUCUGUACAAGCGGAAGUAAAUUCCAGUUCCGGAGGAGGAGCAAAUGUCUCGACUUUGAGUACAUCAUGAGCAAGACAACACCACCACAGGGAGGCCCGGCAUCUCCACAGCUUCUCGGGAUCGCAACAUCCGGAUCCUUCAGCCACGAAACAGGAAAUCCUGUUUGA